GCACGACCAGCACUCAGCGUCGGCGCAGCGCCAGUCAGAUUCGGCGGCCGCGAGUGAUGUUUGACGAAGACAGCGAUGGCAUGAGCGACGGCGGCGUCGUCGACGACCGCGUCUGGAUGGAGAAGGAGUCGCUAGCCAUGGAGCGGCGGUCACGAACGGUCGGGUUCCGCGAAGGAAUCGAUGUGGGAAAGGAGCAGACGCUGCAGGAAGGCUUUGACUACGGCUACAAGGCCGGCGCCGCCAAGGGUUUUGAGAUGGGCACACUGCAUGGCAUUCUGCGCGCGUUCCAGCACCAGUUUCCUGCCGAGCAUCCGGCGAUGGCCACGGUCCUCGCGCUCGCCGCCGAGCUCAAGGCGUCCGAGGAAGCCGCCAUGACGGCCGGCGACAUCCCGGCAGCGUCGUCGGACCAGGCGGACGCCGUACUUGCUGCGAUACCGCUCCCCGCGCUUGCCCUCCCCGACGCGACCAACGACGCAAACAAGGAAUAGCAUUAAGAACAAAAUAAGAAAGACGAAGCGACGAUCA